AUGCCACCAAUUCGCAAGCAAUCAACUAAUAUUCAGAUUUCUCAGUUUAGGUCAUUUCCAAAAUUUGAUAAAAUUAUAGAUGAAAAAACUGUCCGGUGUAAAUGUGGAAUUACAGUUCGACUAGACUGUCCGUUUAGAAUAUCAAAUUUUGAAAGACAUAUUAAAAGUUGUAAUUGUAUUCUUGGCACUGAUAAUCAACAAAGUUUAUAUGUCUUCUUUAACCAAAGCCAAGAUACAGAAGAAGAUGAAGUUGAAUCACACGAACUCUUGCCUUGUAUUGGUUUAUUUGAAUUUUUUUCCUGA